AUCGAUCAGCUGUUGAGUUGCGAAAUUCGAAAGAAGUUUCUAAUCUAACCUAAAAUUAUUUUAACAACAAAUAUAGAUAUUGAAUAAAAUUAAAUAAAGAUUAAUUUUGUGUGUAAAAUGAGGUUUGUGUCUCAAAUAUUUCAGCCGGUCGUCUCAAUACCCAAGGGCGCCACGAUAAAGAACAUUGAGAUUACUUGCAAAAGCCAAAAACUACUGGUGGAAUGUGGUCUAGUCCGACCCACAAGCGCGGGCCUGUUCACAAUCCUGCCCCUCGCCAGACGAGCCAUCUCCAAGCUAGAGAACAUCAUACACACCUGUUUAGAGGAGGUUGGUGCACAGAGACUAUCUCUGCCAUGCCUGACCUCGGCCCGCCUAUGGGAAAAGAGUGGGCGGCUGGAUGACGUGGGGCCAGAGCUCAUCAAGGUUGAAGACAGGCACGGCAAGAAGUAUUUACUGGCACCGACCCACGAGGAAGCAAUAGCAGAUUUGUUUGCAGACAUCAGUCCCCUGUCAUACAAGCAACUGCCUUUUCUUUUGUAUCAGAUAGGCAACAAAUACCGCGACGAACACCGACCGAAGCACGGCCUCCUGCGAGCACGCGAGUUCAGUAUGAUGGACGCGUACAGUGCGCACGCGACACACACGUGCGCCUCGCGCGCCUACGACACUGUCACUGAGGCGUACAGGAAGAUAUUCAGCACGUUGCACUUGCCUGUUCAUAGAGUCCAAGCGCCAUCUGGCGACAUGGGCGGGAGUCUCUCCCACGAGUGGCAACUGCCCGCGCAGGUCGGCGAGGACUCCCUCGCCGUAUGCCCGUCCUGCUCGCACGCCGCGCUCAGUACCGACAGCAGUACGUGCCAGCAGUGCGGGAGGGAGACGAAAGAAGUUAACAGUAUAGAGGUGGGGCAUACAUUUGUCCUGGGUUCACGGUACAGUGAGCCGCUGCAAGCCAACUACAUAGCUGCAGAUGGCGCCACAGCCUCCGUGCACAUGGCGUGCUAUGGGAUAGGGAUCACCAGGCUCUUGUCGGCUAGUAUCGAAUGUCUCUCCAGUGAGAAGGCGCUAAGAUGGCCGCUUGCCAUAGCGCCCUACUCCGCGCUGGUCAUUGGCCCCAAGGAAGGCUCCAAAGAAUGGCUCGGGCACGGCUUCGACAGAGUACAGGCGAUAGCGCGACAGCUCGAGCAGCAUGGGUUCCGCGAUGAUGUCAUCGUGGACGACAGGCACGCGCUCACCAUCGGCAAGCGACUCGUGAUGGCCGACAGGAUGGGUUACCCCUACAUCAUAGUAUGCGGGCGGGGUGCCCUGGAGUCGCCGCCGCGCUACGAACUGCACCGCGCGGGGGGCGAAGCACCCCUGCUACUUACCGUCGGAGAGUUGCUGCAUACUCUCCGCCAGGACAGAGAGAACAGAGAGAUAGAUGUGGAGUACAGUGAGACGAGAGUGGGAGAAUAAAAACUGAUUCAUA